CUUAAAUUUAUGCACAUUUAUUGACUUGCAUUCACGAAUUUAAAUGUCCACACAUGCAUUUUUUAUUGAAUGUAGCCCCACCUUACACAUAACUCCUUGUGUUUCCAUAGCAACUAAAACAAACAAGAACCUGACACAGGUUGUUUGACAUCAUCAUGUCAUCAAUGUUCUCAUCGAUGAUGUCAUAAAGGUUCAAAAGAUUAUUAACAUUUGGAAUACAAGAAUUUUCAGUUUGCUUUUCAACUUCCUUGGAGAUACAGCAUUUUCAGUUUCAGAGAGACAAUUUCAACCAGUGACUUUUGAAACCAUUUCAAAUUACUGUGAAAAUGUUGCUUACUAUCGGUUGGGGCCUUGGCUACCUAGUCACAAAAGGAGUUCAGAAACUACUGGGAAAUAAUACCGAAGAAGUUGUUGAAGAUCUCAGGGACUACGAAGAGGAUAACAGGAGGAGAUACUUUGGUUUUGAGGAAGCGAUUCCUGAAGACCAAAGUGACACGGAAGCUUCCACCAUCAUUGUCAGUGCCAUUUCAGGUGUCGUGACAAGUUUAACAACCUUUACUCCAGAAGAUAUCGUGGCUUUAGAAAGCAUCUGUGGACUGCAUUGGGACACUUGCUCUGGGGACGCAGAUGAAGAACAAAGUGACAUGGACGCUUCUGCCAACCUUGUCAGUGCCACUUCAGGUGUCUUGACAAGUUUGGCAACUAUUAAUCCUGAAGAUACUGUGGCUUCAGAAAGUAUCUGUGGACUGGACUUGGAAACUUGUCCUGGGGAUGCAGACACUGAUGUUUGUAAAAGUGUUGAAGUUCCCCUUGAAAAAAUGGACCUGGCCGUUGAAGCGGACUGUGACGGCCGGGAAGAUGCGAUAAAUUUUGAACAAGUCUAUGAGGAUUCAUUGGUAGAAGCAACUUCUUCUGCUGAUGGAAACUCAAAAGAUAGAGUUCAAAAUUACGCAGACCAUUUUGAUGGCAUGGACGCUGCAUAUAUGGACGAUUCCCCGAAGGAAAUCCCUUCUACAAGCACAAUUGCUCAUAAUGUUGUGGCACAAUUUGAAGUAGUGUCUGAGCAUUCUACAGUAAGACAAUCUUCUUCAGAAAUAUUCACAGAAGAUGACAUUGACUUCUCCGAAAAUUAUGACAGGAGGGGUUUUUCCUCUAAAGAAACAUCCGUCCUGGGAUAUUUAGAUCUGACAAAUUAUGUGCCAUAUUUUAACAGAAUUUCUGAGUGUUCAUCAUCAGAAGAAACGUUUUCAGAAGAAAGCGUGGUACAUGAUGUUCAACCUAAGCCACAACAUCAUGAAAGCAUGCAUGCUAAAGAAAUGGAUGUUUCCUUUGAGGAAGUCCGUUCUGAAAGCAGAAAUGCCGGAAAUUUUAGGUCACGAGUUUCCAAGUGGCUUCGCCGGGUAGGGAGUAGGUUGGCAAAUCUCCGACCAAGGAGAAAAAACUAACUACUCUCUUUCUUGGCGAAGAAAAGUUUG